CAUACAUAUAAGUAUCAUGUCGCGUGUUAACGAUUUUAGAUUCUGACGUUCAUUUUUCAACGCUAUGUAAAUUUACAUUUUUUAAUCUUAAAUAUAUAUCUUUAUUUUGCUUUUAUACAUAUUAUUUGUGAACAUUCUUGUUAAAUCGCAGAUUCUUGUUUAUGUUUAAUAAAUAAACCAAUAUAUACAAAUAGUUCGUUAUUAUUUUGCAGAAAGAGGUUACGAACGAACUAUUAUUGUUAUAUUUUUCUAAAGGUAAUAAUGUCUGUCACUCUGCAAAGAUAUAUUCCAUUGUUGUUCAAAUGGAAUGUUCCGAAAUAUUUUGUUGACACUGUAUAUAUUAGAAACAACACUUUACUACCCGCAUCUAAAAUACAUCAUUUACGUUAUAAAACAGACAUACCAUGCUUGGAAUACUUAAGAUCAAACAGCGCCAAUGUACGAACGAUGUACUCGGUGACUGAGCCCACAUUUUUAUCGAAUAAAGAUGAAAGUCGUGAAUUAAUGGCUAUAUGGCCGGAUGUUGUACGAGAUCUCACCGAUGCUGGUCGUCAUCUUGAUAUACCAGAUGUUACCAAAUGGUUGGCGAAGGUAUUACAGUAUAAUGUUCCUGUAGGAAGAAAGAACAGAGCAUUAUCAGUUGUGUAUGCUUUCAAAUCGUUUGCUUCUGAUAAUCAAUUGACAGAAGAAAAUAUUCGUCUAUCCCGAAUUCUAGGCUGGUGUAUAGAAUUGUUGCAAGCAUUUUUAUUGGUGAUUGAUGAUAUUCAAGAUCAAUCAACGAUGAGGCGCAAUGCACCAUGCUGGUACUUAAACAAUGAUACUGGAUUAGCAGCUAUAAAUGAUGGUAUAAUGUUGGAAAUGUGCAUAUAUCAAUUACUUAGAAAACACUUCAGGUCAAAAGAUUGUUAUGUGAGCCUCAUGGAAUUAUUUUUAGAUACUACUUUAAGAACGUCAAUGGGUCAAUGUCUUGAUUUAUUAUCAACAAAUUUUGGAAAAAAAUCAAAUUUGGAUCUCUUUACAAUGGAUCGGUAUAAUUCUAUCGCAAAAUAUAAAACAGCUUAUUACACGUUUGUGUUACCAACUACAAUUGCAAUGUGUUUUGCUGGCAUAAAAGAUCCAGAAAUGUAUAGGCAAGCAAAAACAAUUUUGCUAGAAAUGGGUCACUUUUUUCAAGUGCAAGAUGAUUAUAUGAAUUGUUAUGGAAGCACAGAAGCUACUGGGAAAACUGGUUCAGAUAUAGAGGCGGGAAAAUGUUCAUGGCUUGUUGUGGUAGCGCUACAACGUGUUACACCAGAACAAAGAAAAAUGUUAGAGCACUGUUAUGGUCAGUCUGAUAUAGAAAAAUCGAAUCACGUGAAACAGCUUUACGAUGAAUUAGGUUUACCAAAUACUUAUGCUAUCUACGAAGAAGAAACGUACAAUCUACUAAUGACGCACAUACAACAAAUAUCACGUGGACUUCCACAUGAUUAUUUCCUAAAAUUACUUGAAAGAGCAUGCCGCAGGGUGGCUAGAAAAGAUUAAUUAUAUUCUUGAAAACAAUGGACCAAACCACUACUACAGUUUAAGAGAGAACAUAUGUAUAACGUGCUUCCUUCUAUCUGUGAGUUUAUUCUAAGAAUUAAGCAUUUAUUAUUUCAUUUAAGAGAACAUACGAACAAGUAACAGCCGUAUUAUAUUUUUAAUAAUUAAAAGCAAUUCUACAAUAAUGUUGAACUUAUAAAGGAAAAGACAGCAAUCUGUUGUAACGGUUAUUAAACAAUGAAUACCUAUAGUAGUAAAUAAUGAAGUGAUAAACAAAUGUUCAUUGCGUAUUAAACAAAUUUGUAUGGUAUGUACAUAUAUGUAUAUUUUCUUACAGAAAUUUUAUUUCUUUUUUGUAAAGGGAUCUUUAUAAACUCAAUGUUCUUGUUUACAUUUUUAAUAAAUUGUUCAAUGAACAUUUUUAGAUAA